AUGUUGGGGGUCCUGCGAUCUGUAGGGUUGUUCGGCCUCCUUUUCUCUGGGGCUCGCGCGAUCGAUGUGGAUUUCUCCGAUAAUGAUUCCAUCAAGGAGGGCGCUGCCACCAUUGCCUGGGGCUUGGUAAAAUACUACACCGGUAACAACUCUGGUGAUGUUGCAGGCAACUUGCCUGAUCCGUACUACUGGUGGGAAGCUGGUGCCAUGUUUGGCGCCCUGGUCGAUUACUGGGCUUUUACGGGCGAUGAUUCUUACAACAACAUCACUUUCCAGGCGCUUCAGCACCAGGUCGGAGACGAUGCAGACUUUAUGCCCGAGAACCAAACGCGAAGUUUGGGUAACGAUGAUCAGGGUUUCUGGGCCAUGGCGUCCAUGACUGCUGCUGAGAUGAACUUUACCAACCCGUCGUCUGAUGAGCCGCAAUGGCUGGCCCUAUCCCAAGCCGUCUUCAACGAAUAUGUCACGCGAUGGGAAGAUGCAGAGGACACCUGUGGAGGAGGACUUCGCUGGCAGAUCUACACCUUCAACAACGGUUACAACUAUAAGAACUCCAUCUCUAACGGAUGUUUCUUCAACCUUGCUUCCCGAUUGGCACGAUACACCGGCAAUGACACGUACGGAGACUGGGCAGAAAGGAUCUUUGCUUGGGAACAAGGUGUAGACUUCAUCAACUCGGACUGGAACGUUCUCGACGGUGCAGGAAAUGCCGACGAUGCCAACUGCACUGAGAUCAAUGCUGCGCAAUUCACAUACAAUGCAGGCAUUUACCUGAUCGGCGCCGCACACAUGUACAACUACACCGAGUCCGAUACCUGGAAGGAACGAGUCAAUGGCCUGGUCACUAGUAUCUCUUCCGUGUUUUUCGAGAACGGAAUCAUGUACGAGCCUCCUUGCGAGAGUACCUCUUGCAACACGGAUCAGCAGGCCUUCAAGGGGCAUCUCGCUCGAUGGAUGGCCUACACAGCCAAGCUUGCGCCCUUUACCUACGACACCAUCGUUCCUCUCCUCAAGUCCUCAGCCACCGCGGCGGCCGAGCAAUGCUCGGGAAGCCCUACGUCCGGCUUCAAGGGCCACACGGGUACUGCCUGCGGUUUCAGUUGGCUGGAUAACUCGACUUGGGAUGGAAACUCUGGAGUCGGUGAGCAGCUCAAUGCCAUGUCUAUCGUCAUGGUGAACCUUCUCGCCGACUCUCCUUCCCCGUACACCUCAACAACCGGUGGUAGUUCCGUGGGCAAUGCGAAUGCCGGUGCCAGCGACAGCAGUAAAAUUGCAACGGCCAGAGCAAUCACCACAGGAGACCGUGCCGGCGCUGGUAUCCUCACAGCAUUGGUUCUGGCGUCACUACUGAGCUCGCUUGUGCUCAUGAUUAAAGACUGA